CCGAACCAACCGAAUCAACUUGUCCCGCCACUGGCCCACCUGCCUCGUCCCGCCUCGCCCCGCCUCGCCCCGCAUCCUGAGUUUUCUUUCAGUUUCUACAAACAUUCCUGGCUGCCCCCUCGCCUGAGGCUCCAGUCCAGGCGCGGGGGCGCAGGUCUAGGGAGCUCCGCCUCCGGGGGGUUCCCCUCUGCUGGCGCCGCCGCGGCCGGAGGCUGGCACAGGGAGCGCUCGGCUGUACUGACCGCAGGGUCGGUUCCCGACGGCGCGAGUGCGGGAAAGAAGGGCGCCGCCGCCUCGCGCUCCCUGCCCAGCCCGGACUUGUCUCCUUCAGAAUCUCAGGCGGGCGCGGGGGAAAGGAAGCGACUUUGAGAAAUCAGCGGGACGUGACACUCUGGAGCCUGUGUAGGUGUCAGACUGGAGGAGGCAGCGCCAAUUCCCCCAAACUCUGCCGAGCCCCGAGAUGUGCCACGGCUGGGGACGCUGGUCUCUCGUGCUUCUGCUGGCUCAGCUGAUUCUGCCAGGUGAUGGCAAUGAGGGCAGUAUCACUGGAAAUUGUCACUGUGAUACAAUUAUUUCUUCUGACUCCUCCCCAUCGUUUCAAUUCGUGGGUCACCUCCGAAAACAUCUGAAAGGCUACCACCGAUGUCCGAAUUAUGUCAGGUUCCAGCUACCUUACCGGAGUGUGUGUGGGGGCAGCAAAGACCAGUGGGUUCAAGAAUUGAUGAGCUGCUUUGAUCUCCAAGAAUGUGGACAUGCUCACAUGGGGCCUCUGAGACACCAGAAGCAUUUACCUCCCCCCAGAACCCAGCUUCCUGAGCCUUCAAACAUAGGCACCCCUGGCCAGACCCUCGUGCCUUCCACUCUGCAAUCUACCCAGCACCCCACCCUUCCACCAGGAUCACUGUCCUUGGACAAAGAGCUCCCUCAUCCCAGUGAAACCACCCCCCUCACUGUGGGCCUCAGAUUUGGAGCUGGGCACAAGACUGGGGAGAACCAGAAGCAGCUGGAAGAAAGUGCUGGUCCAAAAGCUGGUACAUCAUCUAUAGUGCCAAUUGUGUCCCUCCUGGGUGUGAUCUUCCUCCUCACUGGAAUCCUUGUGUGUGUGCUGUGCAAGAGGAGGAGGGAGCAGUCACUGCAGUCCUCUCCAGAUUCUCAUCUUCAUUAUAGCCCUGUGACACCAGACUCCAACAUCUGAGCCAAGAAGAAAAGCUUAUGAGGAUAGACUGUGAUUUAUUUUUACAAAAAUGCUUUGUUAUUAAUGAAAGCAGGCAAUCCCUGGUACACAGAAGGCAAUCAAUACUUGCGUUCUCUUAGAACCCUCAUUUUAAAGAAGCCAGAUACAGAAAUCUGCCUCUGUACUAAUGACAGCUUCAAUAAAUUCCAUGUGUUUCUUAACUACUAAAAACUAUUUUUUAAAUUAUUGGCUCUUCCUUUCCAGAAUGUGGAAACACAAACCUCAGGCUAUUGCCCUCUUAUCAUGAUUGCUGGUUUCAGUUUGGCUAAUGGUUCUCCCUUGUCCUACGUGUCUCUUUUCUUUUAAAAAUUUUUUUUAUUAAAUCAUAACUUUGUACAU